AUGCCCGGUUUGAACAAAUCCCCCGGUCAGGCUGGUGGUUCUGGCAAAGGCAAAGGCAAGGGCAAGGCGCUAGGCCUAGAUCUAGUGCUCAAUGGAAGAAAUGGGGACUCAAGCAGCGACCACGCCCCCGAGCCGAGUGCCAGUGCCAGCUCUAGCACCAGCCAAGCCCCCGACCUUCCGUCGACGUCCAGUUCUGCAUUGCCCACAGACGGAAAUCCCAAUCCAGACCUCACGCUAGGAAGCGCCGCCGACCAAGGCCAGACUGUCCUUGUCAGUAGCGAUACCCAUGGGCAGGGACUUACGCCUCUGUCAGCGAGGUUCUUGUCUGACGGAGAGACCGAGAGCCACGGCCAGAGCUCGCAGCAGUCUGCCAACGAGACCACCAUGCCAUGCCCGGGUGCCCCUCUCCUACUGCCAAGAGAUCUGCCAGUGUGCUGUGCGCGGCAUGCCUUGGGCACGAGUCCCGACGAGCGCUGA